GUUAUAUAUUUGAUUGAAUCAAGUGGAGUGAAAUUUAAGCAUUGAACCGGUAUUAUGUAAUGCAUUAAAAUUAACAUUGUCAAAUUUGAUUCUUUGACUUAAGUUAAAUCAAAGCAAAAUGUAAAUGAAUUGGAUAAUGGGCCAGGAUAUAUCUUUAUCUGAUUUAGAUGAUCUGGACAUAGGACUAGUUAAACAAUAUGAGGACCACAUUAUCGACAUAAAGCCGGACGUAGAAAAUCCAAGAUGGAAGGUCAACAUUGUGAUAUCUCAGGAUAUCUUGAAACCUUACAUAAGACUUCGAACACGAAAAGGGGAACCUUUAGUCAAAGUCAAGGAUUCCAUAUCAUCUGCCCUGGUGGACUUCACCGAUUUUACCGAGUUAUUCCUCACAUGUGAAACUGAAAGCUUUCCAAAGCCAUCAUCUAAAGAUGAGUUAAGGGCCUUUGAUGAUCAGAUAUUUGUCACUGGUACAAGAUCUGUGCAAGUCAGUUUAAAGAAGGUUAACCGGACUAGAUCUAUUCCAGAUUUAUCUACAUUGAGAAAAAAGGCAAAAGCACCUUGUAGGCCAAAGUUCUUUGAUCGACUUCUAAACACGGUAAAACUUUCCAAGAAAUCCAAAAGUAGCAGUACUCUCAGUUCUCCUUCCGAACUUUUUGGCAGCAGUUUUGAUGAGGACGAAGAGGCAGAUACCUUUAUAAAGGAGAAUGUCGUCACCCAGAAUUCUAUUGAGGAGAUAACUCAAAUAGAGGUUGAUGGAUUUCAACUACAUCAGUUAGAAGAGGGAAUCAAAAACAAGGAAUUAUUAAGUGAAACUUCAGGUAAAAACCUCGAUGAAUCUGCAAAAAAAGUCAAAAGAAAAUCAAAAGAAAAAAGAUCCUCAAAAAGCAGAAAUUCUGAUAAAACUGUAACUGAAGAGGAGAAAAGUUCUCCAGAAAUUAGAAUCUCAGGAUCUUCAGAAAAAAGUGUUGAACAAUCAGAAAACAAAACUGAAACAGCAACAGACAUUUGUAGUGAGAAAAAUCAGCUUGAGAGAAGUUUAUCUGAAGAAUCACAACCGACUCCUCUUAAAACAUUUGAAAGAUCUCUUUCUACAGAAGCAUCUACUCAGUCUACUCCCAGUUCUCCACAAACAACGGGUAUAGUUAGGGAAAGACUUGAGAGAUUCCGACGUUUAAAUGAGCGUGGGAACAGAGAUCCUAGAAUAAGGCGCUCAAUGUCUGUCCCAAACUCACCAGACCUACACAGACACAAUAUGUCGACAAACGACGAACAUUGCAUCCUAUUUAAAAAAGUAGAGACUAAAUUAAAGAAAGAUCCUAAUACGUCCGAUGAGGAAUCGGGUCAAUUCGGAGGUGUAACAGUUAAACCUGGCUAUGUUAAAGCUUUAGUCUUUCAGAUUAAUAAGAAUAAAACAAAUAAAACUGAAGGUUUAAGUCUGUCAUCUGAAAAUGGAGAUAAGAUAGUAGAUUCAAAGAAUGUGAAUGGGGAUUGUAAUAGUGUUCAGAGUGAUGUGUCACACACGACUUUUAACAACGAAUCGGCAAGUAGUAGUAACAGGAACAGUAUUAAAUCCUCCGAUUGUGGAGGGACAUCUGAUACCACCUCUAGUGGGCAGGAUAAAACAGAGAAUGAAUCAGGAUUUGUUUCAGAAGGAAUAUGUAUGGAUGCUGAAAAAUUAUUUGACUCUAGUUGGUCAGAAUCAGAUGAAGAUUUAUUUACAGAUAGUGAUGAGGAGUCUGUAAAGCCAGGUGAAACAAGUAGUGCAACAACAGAAUCAGAUAAUAAAGGUUUCACUGACAGUACAGAAGUUUCAGGACCUCCUAAAGACAAGAUCCAGCAGAUUGUAGAGGAAUUAUUAUCUACAGAGAAAGCUUAUGUAGAGAGACUGAAAUUAUUGGAUCAGACAUUUCAGUUUCGUGUUGUUCAAGAAAACAAGAUCCACAAUUUUCUUCCCGACGGAGUUAUACCUCAGAUGUUCUCUAAUGUACAGAGUAUUUAUCAGUUCCAUCAUGAUUUCUUAUUACCUCAGAUACAAGGACGUGUUGAAAAUUGGUCUCCUGAAUCUAAAAUUGGUGACAUGAUGAAACAGUAUGCCCCACUGCUGAAAAUGUACACAGAAUAUGUAAAGAAUUUUGAUAAUGCUAUGAAUUUAAUAACAGUUUGGUCCGAAAAGUCACCCAAGUUUGCAGCAAUAGUAAAAGAAAUACAGAUGACUCCUGAAUGUGGUAGUUUAACACUGCAGCAUCAUAUGUUAGGACCAGUUCAGAGAAUUCCUCGUUAUGAAAUGUUGCUCAAAGAUUAUCUCAGACGUCUUCCAGAUGAUGCAGCAGACAGAGAAGAUGCUCAAGGUGCUCUAGAAUUGGUUACCACGGCAGCAUGCCAUUCUAAUGAAGCCAUGAAAAAGAUUGAUAGUUUUAAUAAAUUACUGGAGAUUAUGAGAAAGAUAGACACAAGUGAGAACUUGAUAAGUCCUACUAGAGAACUUGUACGAGAAGGCAGAAUUAUUAAGAUAUCUGCUCGUGGUGGCGAAAGACUGGAAAGAUUCCUUUUUCUUUUUAAUGAUCUGAUGCUGAUUUGUUUUGAACCAUUGCUGGGAAGUUACAAGAUCAAAUCACAGUUAGAAAUGGAUGGUAUGGAGAUAAUGGAACGCACUGAUAAAUGUCUACGUUGGAUACUAGACGGAGAGAGUAUAGAUAUUCCUAAUACAUUCUAUGUCAAAAGUAGACAGAAAAUAAUACAGUUCUUAGAUGAAAAUUCCAAUGGUGAGCCAUCAGGUUGGUGUGAGACCAUAAGAAAAACAAUAGAAAAAUAUAAAAGAAGACAGUCGUUAAAAUCAACAGAAAUUCAAAGAAAUAGUAAAGGGAUGACCGAUGUGGAGUUAGGAAAAGUUGCACCUAAAUGGAUCAAAGAUGACGAGGUCACAAUGUGUAUGAAAUGUGUGGCUAAAUUUACCGCCAUUCGACGGCGACAUCACUGUAGAGCUUGUGGUGACGUUGUGUGUGGCAGAUGUUCUUCCAAAAAAGUGCCUUUACGAUAUGACAACAAUCAUUUAAAUCGUGUCUGUGAUGACUGUUACCAUCUCCUACGAAAUGAUGAUGAGGAACCAGUCACACCAACACAUGAUAAAUCAUCAAGCAAAAAGAAAAACAUUUUACAGAUAAAUGCCAGCGACCCCUCAGUACUCUCAGGAUAUUUACAUAUAAGUACAGAUAAAGGGAAGAGCUGGCACAGGAGAUGGGUGGCUGUCCAUCAUAACUUUGUCAUGUAUACUUUUAAAGCUCAUCAGGAUCCCUAUGCUAUUACAAGUUUACCCCUCCCUGGACAUGUGGUAGAAGAUGUAGAUAAAGUAGAACAUCUAGAUAGGGAGAACUUAUUUAAAAUAUCACAUAAUAAAAAAACAAAUCUUUAUUUGUCAUCAGAGACCACCACCAGUAAAGAAAGGUGGAUUCAUGUAUUGUCCAAAGUUGUAAUGGCUGAAAUUCCUGAAGACGUAGAAGACAUUUCUAAAAGAGACUCAUCACAUUCAUCUUCAAGUAAUGAAUCUUAUGAGAACACUGAAAGUGAACAGUCACAUUUGUAGCAGUAACUGUGUUUCAUAAUGUAUCAGGAGUGUUUUGAGAAGUUGGUUUUAAAUUGUUAAAACAUUGAACUCAUGAUAGAGUAUGCUUGCCAUCUGAAUGAGAAGCAUUGUAUUGUAUAAAGAGGACCACCUAUAUUUUAUAAAGAUCAUGAUCUCAUUACUCAUUGACUAACUCUGUCUCAAAUUUGUAAUCAAAAUACUUAUAAAUAUAAUACUUAAAGAUUGUUCAAGUUUUACAUAUGAAAUAUAUACAGAAACAUACAUGACUUAUUUUAGAAGCAUACUUGAUGCUUUCAACAGACUAUUUCAAUAUUGCCAGCUUUUGACACUGUAUUAUAUAAUUUUAAGACAAGGUUUCCUUCUCAGCAGUGGAAGGCAUGUACUGGGUCAAUUAAGAGCGACCGAUUGUAAACUUGAUUUUACUUGUUUAAGUUGCUCUCACUUGACCGAGUACCAGGAUGUCGAACCACAAAUUAGGUAACUGGUUUAAAAAAGAGUUAGUAAUUUGAAAAUAGUCUUUUGCCAUAGAAAAGGCCAGUGAUGAAUUAUCGAUUUACAGAUGUCAUUUAAUAAAAAUAUUCUAUCAUUUUGAUACAUUCAUCAGGACAUUUUUUGAAAUUUUGUUGUAUAAAAAGAUAAAAGGACUUCACAGUAAAAAUGGAACCGUUUCCCUUAAAAAGUAGAUAAUUACAUAAGUAUCAGUGUCAUUGUGAAAAGGUCUGUUAUUGUUAUUAGCUAUAUACUUAAUGUGAUACUAUUCUGUUGUUUUAUAGAUUAUUAUGUUUUGUUUUGUUGUUAUGAAAUAUUUUAGUGCUUUUAAAUAUUGUUUUAUUAUAAUUAUUAUUAUCAUUAUAGUGUAAUUGGUUAUGAAGCAAAAUUUAAAAAAUGUUAACCAUCUUAUUUAAUAAUUAAUUUUUAUGCCCCACCUAUGAUAGUAGAGGGGCAUUAUGUUUUCUGGUCUGUGGCUCCGUUCGUCCGUCUGUGCGUCCGUUCAGGUUAAAGUUUUUGGUCAAGGUAGUUUUUGAUGAAGCUGAAGUCCAAUCAACUUGAAACUUAGUACACUUGUUGCUUAUGAGAUGAUCUUUCUAAUUUUAAAGCCAAAUUAGACUUUUGACUUCAAUUUCACGGUCCACUGAACAUAGAAAAUGAAAGUGGGAGUUUCAGGUUAAAGUUUUUGGUCAAGGUAGUUUUUGAUGAAAUUGAAGUCCAAUCAACUUGAAACUUAGUACAUAUGUUCCCUACAGUAUAAUCUUUCUAAUUUUAAUGCCAAAUUAGAUUAAUACCCAAUUUCACAGUCAAUGGAACAUGCAAAAGGAAAGUGUGAGUGGGGCAUCUGUGUACUUUGGACACAUUCUUGUUUUAUCAUAAAAUGUGCAGUUGAAUAGAAUGAGAUAAAUAAUGUUAAAGGUAUUUUGUUUUACAGCAGAAAUGUUUUAAACAUUUAAUCAUAUAUCAGGUAUAUCGAUCAGAUUGAAAAAUUAUUGUUACAAGAGUUGUGCUCUUUUAGCAAAGUGAACAAUUUCUUCAUUUACUUUUAUGAACAGGAGCAAAAGCCAGUUAAUAAAAAAUUUACUAGGUGACCUUGACUGUUCAUUAGGGUCUUGUUCAGUUGUCCAAAACAUGUGUGUAUGACUGAAACAUUAUUACUGUAAAACAUUUAUCCAUAAACUAGGGUUUAACCAGAAUGCUCCAUAAAGAUUUCACAAAAUUUCAAGCAAAAUAUUUGUCAGUAAAUUAACAGGGUUUUUAACACAAUGAAGUAGGCUUGGAAGAAACUAUGAAUACUUUGUAUUAUUCUGUUGUUUGUGUCACUGAAUCAAAACUUUUAUUAAUUGCUGAUGUCUAAAAUGACCAUGAUCCUCCAAAAUAAUAUGUCCUUGAUUUAAAGUCACGGUAAAAUAUUUUUUUGUGUUAGAAAGUCAUUUUCAUUAUAAUCAUAAAAAGCAUUUACAGUGAACAUGUUAUCAUAUAUAUUAAACAAAAACUGCAUGAAUUUCAAUGCAUAAACAUAAACCAUCAUAUUUGCCAGACAUGAUAUUAUUACUGGAAGAUUAUUGUCCGAAAUCGUAGAUUGGGAUUCAGGUUCAAAUUUUGUUUAUACAAAAUUAAUUUUGGUUUCUUAAUUGUCACUUUUGGAGGAUGAUGGUACAUGUAUAUUCAAGGCACAUUAAGUUUAAAGUUAUUGUAUGAUGUAUGUAAUAUUGUUUUAUAUUUAUUUUGUUAUGGAGUUUAGUGCUCGGUGUACAUUGUGUUCAUUAUUGUAAAUUAAUCUAUUGUGUUUUUUGUUCAGAAAUUUUUAUUUUUAUAGAAUUUAAUAAUUGGUUUAAAUUUAUCACAUUGAGACCAAGCUGUUUUAUACAUGGCUUAUUACUUAUUUUGCAUCAUAGAAAACCAUAGUAGAAUGGAAAGUACAAAAUAUACUUGAAGUAUGGUUUAUCACCAUCAAAACAAAAUUAUUUUUUCAAUUGAAGACGGUAUAUAUUACUUCUAACACUGCAAUAAGUAAGAUAUCAAAGAUAUUUCUUAAGGCAUAAAUUUAAAAUUUGAAAUUUAAAAUGUGAGGCUUACCAAGUGUUUUAAAUAUUUGAAAUUUAACUGUAGUGUAGAGAAAAUUUACUUAUUUUAUGAGAUUAAACAAAAAAUACAACUACUGUAAAUUCAGAAAUUAUUGCGAGGUUUUUAUUAUUGCAGAAAAUGCGACAGAGUUGUAAAUGCAAUAACUUAAACGCGCAUUUUGAAAUAUUUUAUAAUGAUUUUAACAGGGUUUUCUCAAAAUCUUUAAAAUUAAAAUCGCAUUUAAAUCUAAAAUGACAAAAUCGCAAUAAUAAACUCACGCAAUAAUUUCUGAAUUUACAGUAUUCAGGGAAAGUUUGGUACUCAUCUUGAGACUGAAUAUUAUCAAAUUUUAAGAAGUAUGGCUUGAGUUGUGUUCUAAAUAUUGAUAUUUUACCUUUUAAAAGUAUGGAAGUAUUAUGCACAAGAUUUCAAUGGUGGAAUAUGGUUCUCUAAUGUUAUACCUUACAUAGGCAAACUUUUUUUCCUGUGAUUUCAAAAAAGAUAUGGUCUUUCUAAGUGACAUCAACAGUCAUGGUGACCUUUCUUUUCGUAACGUCAUAUUGGCAGAUGAGAUUUAAGCAAGAUAAAUUGACCUCUUGAUUGAAUCUUGACCUUUACACAACUGAGAUCAUCUUAACCAUAUAACCAUAAAAAGCCUAUUAUCAUAUUUACCAUCCAUUGACAAUCCAUGUAUCAUUUAUUGUGUACAAAGACUGAUUGUAAACAUCAUAUCAUAUAAUAAAUAAUUGUUUAUAAACAUCAUCAACUAAUAAUGGUGCUAAACUAAUACCAUGCUGAAACAAUAUGGUUUCAAAAUAAAAAUAUUUGUAAUACCAAA